UAUUAGUACGGUGUCCUUCCUUCUUUUCUGUAUAUAAAUACUCCGCCAUAAUCAAUCACACCAGAAUAUCUCUCUACAGAUUUCAAAACUUCUACAUCGCCAUGGGAAACAGUCUAAGGUGUUGCUUAUCAUGUUUAAUUCCUUGUGGAGCUCUGGAUUUGAUCAGAAUUGUUCAUUUAAAUGGUUACAUUGAAGAAAUUACACGCCCUAUCACCGCCGGCGAGUUUCUCAGCAAUCACCCUAGUUACGUUCUGAGUAAACCGUCGUCACAGGGAGUAGCCCGCCGGAUUCUUAUAUUAUCGAGUAGUUCCGAGCUGAAGAGAGGUUGUAUUUACUUUCUGGUUCCUUCUUCUUCGGUUCCUGAAAAUAAGAGGAAACCUCGGCGGAAGAAUUGUGAGAAGGCGGCGAUAGGUGAUGCGGUGUCCGUCUCCGUUUCUGUUGAUUUGAAAUUAUCAGGUGGUGUUGUGGCGGAGAAGAAGGCAGGGAGGCGGAGAGUUCGUCGGAGUGUUGACGGUGGAGAUUGGCGGCCUCAUCUUGACAGCAUCUUUGAAGAACAAUAACUAUUUGAAAAUUAUUGAUUUUUUUUUUCUUUCUCGAUAGAUAUACAAAAUUUAUUCUUAUUUCGUAAAACUGUAAAUUCGUCUAUGUGUAUCUUAUAUACAAAGCAAUAUAAAGUUUUUGGA